CUGUCGGAUGCUCAGGCUGGGCAGCGCUGGACAGAUGGGUGCACCCCAGGCCUGACGGAUGAACAGUCGGGCAAGUGAACUCUCACCUCUAAACUGGCUCUGCGCACGGCGGGGGCGGCGGCGGCGUCUGCAGCCCCGCGGUGGGGGCAGCCCCCUCGGUCUACGCCCGACUGCUGCGCGCCGCCUCUGCUCUUGGCAUAGUAAUUUCGGUUCCUGAACGCACGGAGCUCGCUCCGGGACCGGGCUGAGAAGGACCUCAGCUCGCGGGCCCGCCGGAGCCAUCGGUGUGGCGCCGAGAGACGGUGCUUGGGAUAUGCGACGGGAAGCCCCCGCCACAGCGCAGGCAGUGGCCCCGCCGCGCCGCGGAGCCGGGCAGAGCAGGCUGGUUCUUCAGAGGAAUCAUCCCUGACUGUGUCAUCACUCUGAGCUCUGACUGCGCUCCCCUCCCCCACCAGUGGGAACACUACUCAAGAGAGCUCUGGAGUGCUACUGAAGAGAGAAAUUCCAUGGGGACUGUACCUGACCCUCUGAGAUCAGCUAAAACAUCCCUGAUUGCAGCUUCCGGAAAAGAAGAGGAUCUAGGAGAGCCACAGGCUGCCUCACCUCGGCAUCGACCAGCUCUCCUGUGUAAGAAUGCCAAUGGCUUUUCAGGUGCCCCUGCAGAACCAGACCUCAGCCCCAGGGCAGCUGCCGAAGCCCUGAUGCAGGUUUGUGAGCAUGAGACCACCCAACCGGAUAUGUCUUCUCCUGGUGUCUUCAAUGAAGUGGAGAAAGCACCUGCCACAUUCAACUCUCCCGGCAAUCCCCAGCUGCCAGGGAGCAGCCAGCCCACAGCAUCAGCCCCGAGUUCUGCAGCAGGAAGGGAUCUUAUACACACACCAUUGACAAUGCCCGCCAAUCAGCACACCUGCCAGUCCAUCCCAGGUGAUCAGCCCAAUGCCAUCACCUCAUCCAUGCCUGAAGAUUCCCUGCUGAGAUCACAGAGAACCUCAAAUAGAGAGCAACCUGAGAAACCAAGUUGUCCUGUGGGAGGCAUGCUCAGUAGCAGCAAAGAUCAGGUGUCCUGUGAGAUUCCUUCUCCAGAAACAAUCCAGGGAACAGUGCAGACUCCAGUGACAGCAGCCAGGGUGGUCAGUCACUCAUCCUCUCCUGUAGGUGGACCUGAAGGAGAAAGGCAGGGAGCCAUCUGUGACUCUGAAAUAAGGUCCUCUAAACCUCUAACUAGAGAAUCUGGAUGUUCAGAGAACAAGCAGCCCUCUGUCACUGCCUCGGGCCCCCAAGGCACAAUUUCUGUGACACCUCAACCAACCCCCCUCACUAGCGAACCUUCGGCAUGUCCCCCAGGUCCAGAGAAGGUGCCACUGCCAGCACAGCAUCAGAUGUCAAGGUUCAAAGAAGCCAGUACGAUGACCAACCAAGCUGAAAGUGAAAUCAAGGAAGUUCCCAGCAGGGCUUGGCAAGAUGCGGAGGUGCAGGCAGUGGCGAGUGUCGAGAGCAGAUCCGUCUCCACCAGCCCCAGUAUCCUCACUGCAUUUCUGAAGGAAAGCCCUGCUCCUGAGCAUUUUGAACAAGAGCAGCUGCAUGUCAUUUGCCACAGCAGUGGGAGCCACACACUGGAGCUCUCUGACAGCACGCUAGCCCCCCAGGAGUCCAGCCAGUGCCCUGGCAUCAUGCCACAGGUGCACAUUCAGGCAGCUGCAGCUGUGUCUACAGCUUUCCAACGGGAAAAUAAACUAGUGAGCCUACCAGGUGGGGUCCUUAAAACCUCAUCAAUCAAUUUGGUCUCCGGUAAUGCCCAGCAUACGUGUAAAGAAGAUGGGAGGUUAGCAGGAAUGACUCCAGCAAGGGAAGAGUCAACUGCUAAAAAGCUCGCAGGUACUAAUUCUAGCUCCCUGAAAGCUACCGCCAUUGACCAGAUUUCUAUCAGUGCAUGCAGUCAACCUGAAACAAGUUAUGGAUUGGGGAAAUUUGAAACCAGGCCAUCUGAGUUUGCAGAGAAAACCACAAACGGCCACAAAACAGACCCAGAUUGCAAACUAUCUGACUCUUGUGGCUCUAUCAGCAAAGCUGAUCAUUCUGGGAGCUUGGAUCCCACUAAUAAAGGAGAUGCAAGGGAAAAGAAGCCUGCAUCUCCUCAGGUAGUAAAAGAAAAAGAGUCUACUGGCACUGAUACCUCUGAUGCCAAAGCCCUACUGCUCGAUCCUAAAUCUCAAGAAAGUGGAGGCACAGAAUCAGCUGCUAAUCCUACACCCUCCCCAAUUAGGAAGAACCAGGAGAGCACCUUAGAAGAAAACAGACAGACCAAAACAGCCACCAGCCUGAGCCUGCCAUCUGAUCCCAUGGGUGACUCCAGCCCAGGUUCCGGCAAGAAGACCCCAUCUCGCUCCGUCAAAGCCAGCCCACGCAGGCCUAGCCGCGUCAGCGAGUUCCUCAAGGAGCAAAAGUUAAAUGUGACAGCAGCUGCUGCUCAGGUAGGACUCGCUCCAGGAGAUAAGAAAAAGCAGCUUGGCACAGACUCCAAGCUCCAGCUGAAACAGUCCAAGCGUGUCAGGGACGUCGUGUGGGAUGAGCAGGGAAUGACCUGGGAAGUAUAUGGUGCAUCCUUGGAUGCAGAGUCCCUGGGAAUCGCGAUCCAGAACCAUUUACAAAGACAAAUCAGGGAACAUGAGAAAUUAAUCAAAACUCAAAAUAGCCAGACCCGGAGAUCCAUUUCCUCAGAUACUUCUUCAAAUAAGAAGCUCAAAGGAAGGCAGCACAGUGUUUUCCAGUCCAUGCUGCAGAACUUCCGACGCCCCAACUGCUGCGUCCGCCCUGCUCCUUCUUCUGUCUUAGAUUGAAAGGGAGUACUUAUGGGAGUUUGUGUAUAAAUUUACGGUAUUCACAUGUGUCCCUCUAUGUCAAAGCUUGCUUAGUUUUUUGCUGCAAGACUAGGAAGAAAAAGCAAGUAUUCACUAUAGGAAAUUGCUAUUAAAAAUUGUUAGAUCCUUUGACCUGGAGCUCUAUAAAUAAAAAUGUCAUUUCAAUUUGAAAGAAGGAACAAGAGAAGAGAAACAAGCUUCACUGAAGGUUUGCAACCUUAACAAAUUGAAAAUAAUGCUCACUGGGUUUUUAAAAAUAUGAUGUUGUUCAUAGAAAUAGCAUUAUUAUAUCAUUAUACAUGUAUUAUUUUGUAUUACUGCCUCAGUUUAUCACACAAUAGUAUUUCCAUUAAAAUCCCUGCUUCAUAUUGAAAGUAGCAAAAACACUAUUGGCAAAAACAUUGUUAUAAUUUCUAGUCCUAUUGCAGUAAGAAUGCUGUAACCACACAAAUUUUAAAUAGAACCAUAUGAUAAGAACCAUAAUGAAAAAAAUGAGAACAAAUUUGAUUCAUUCCUAGGCCAGAUAACAUUAAAUAAAAGCAGUUAAAUGUAUAAAAUACAAAAUAUGAAUUAAUGUUUGUAAACAUCUGCAGGCAACUCUUUUUAUAAACCUUCUUAUUGCUGUUAAUAAAUAUAAGAAAGUUAUAUUAGGAACAUUAGCUAAGCUUUUGACUAUGAAAACUGCCUACAUUAAACAUGUAUUUAUAUAGACACAUUUUCCUGCACUAAAGGCAAGACACAUCUCUGUGAUUCUGACCAGACAUAUUCAUAUUUUCUUACCCUAGAGGAAGUACAUGGGACUGAAUUCUUGAAAAGAGUCAUCAAAUUAUGGAUAAUACUAAAUUGAUAUUGUUCAGGUGUUCUCCAGUGAUACUGUACUGAGAAUGCCAAGGUUCUGGUCAGGAACUAUAAAUAGCAGAUUACCAAACACUGCUUUUUCUGUGAUGAUAAAAGCCUCAUAAGUAACAAAAACAAUGUUUAAUUUAGACUCCUGUAAACAGGAUGCAAUUAGUGAUUUUUUUUAAUUGGGUUCAGUAACUUCCAGUAACAAAUGUAGUCAACACCAAAUUAGAAUGUGAGCUUCCUUACAAUUUUUGUACAUAGACUACUGUCAUCUAAUUGCUUAAGUAUAUACUCUGGAGUAAAAAGGUAACUUCUGCAAACUUAUUGAUUUUAAGAGAAAUAUCCAUAAUAUCCUUCAAACCCAAUGAAAGAAGAGGCCUUUACAAAAACAUGGCUUGUGAUUUGGGUGGAUUAUACUUCCUGGGACCUCAGCCCUCCUGUGUCUCCAGAAGAGACGUGUGUCCUGAGACACAUGAGUAUCCUCCAAGGCACUGGCCUGGAUGAGCAGCAUCGGCUUGAGAACUGGGUUAGUGUGGAAAGGAAGAAUGAACAAUGGCCCUGGGAAGGCUUCCCUUCCUGCAGACAUUGUUGGGGGAGUGCUGGUCUCCAUUUUGCGUUUAGAAAACCAGACUUAAGAGGCUGGAGGGGCACUGGUUGCUUUCUUUGAACUCAUUCCCCGUAAUGAGCUAGAAAAGAGUACCUAACCGUAGGUAUUCUCUCUAGAGACUCUCGUGUCCCGUGGGUACAGUCGAUUCACAGUAUCUGUUCUGGCUUUUUUCACUUUAAUUCUGUUUUGCACAUUCUGAACAUAUGCAGGAAAAAAAAAUCAUUCCUGAACUUAGCACAAGCUACACUUGACACAAUCUAAAUUAGUAAAAAGCCUUGGAUUUAUUUUGAAGCAAUUUAACUGUAGACAAAGCUUGCAUACAUGGACCAGUAUUCUCAGAGCCUGAGAGUUGUUACAGUUGUUCUAUUUGGAAAUUAGAAGGAAUUUUUUAAUAAGGCACAUUUUUCAGUUUCUUACCUAUUGGUGUCUAUUAAGAAUACUAUGUAAUGUCGAAAUUUCCAUCAAAUUACCAAGCAAAUUACUAUUAAUGAUUAGAGAUUUAGCCUAAUACUCUCUCUUUGGGCCUUAAAUACUCAUUUGUAGUUGUGUUUGUGUCACUUCUGUCUCAGAUGCCUCUGCCAGGACAUAAUCUCUCUGCUAGCUCUUGCUAGCUGGCUUCUGCCUCCCACAUGGGCAUACAUGCUGUGUAUACACAGAGUACAGCCUGUGUACACAGUGGCAGCUGUCCACAGUGCCUACUCCAGAUGGGUGGCCCCAGGUAAUCCUCUGCUGUGAAGUGGCUAGAACAGGCUGUCCCUGCAUUAAAAUAGGCGAGAAUAAGGAAUUUCGCAUCUGAUAAUAAUAUUUAUUUUCAUGACUUUAGAGUAACCACAUGAUUUGUAAACAGUUAAAUGAAGCAGAGGCCUGAGAGAGUUGUUAGCAUUUGUCUCACAUUAAAUACAUUAAAAUUGCUAGAUUUGCUAUUGUGGUUAUGCCUAUCAAAACUUUAAGAAAAUGUGUUUAAUGUACUAAGUUUAACUGGUUUUCUUGGGUGCUAGAACCAAAUUCUUCACUUCUACAACACUCAAGAGAUUGUCACAAAAUAUUACAAAAAUAUUGUUUGUUUUGUGGCUGAUUAAAUCCUAUAGAACGAACAGCUUUUAAGGACAAUAACAGAAAUAUAUCUUCAGAUGGAUAAAUAAGACAGGGACCUAUUCAAGACAACAGCAUUUUUAUAUUGUGAUAUCUCCCCUAAGUUACUCUCACAAUAAAACCUUAUUUGAGAAUUUUCCUUCACUUCAAUCUGUGACAUAGCAUUAGGCAUUUAGUAUACCUUAUUUGUGAAACCUAAGGUUCAUUCAACAGAUGAAGUUGCAAAACAGUUUUCGUGGCAGACUCUUGGAACUUGCUCAGUUUUUUCUUUACUUUACCUGCAUGACACACAUUGGGUUGAAAGUUGUUUGGUUUUACCCUUCAUUUCUCUUAGAUAUGAUUUGGUUCUUUUUCAUGCAUUUUAUUUUUGAAAUAUAUGGAGGAAGUAUUUUAUUGAAUCAAGAAAUAGAAAAUAUUCCUUAAACCAGUAGUAAAAAGAUGAGUUAGAACUCCAUGUCUGGAAGACAAUUCAACAUUUAAAAUAUUAAGAUGCUAUACCACUUAACAAGUGAAUACUAAAAUUUUUAAUUUAAAGAUUGAUUAUUCUGUUUUUAUGACCAUGAGAAAAAUGUGACAGCUUCAGCUGUCAUAUGUUUAUCUUGAAUGCUUUUCUAAUUAUGUAUUUCUGGAUUAUUGACUUUGAAUGCCACAAACCAACUACUUUACAUAGAGUAAAAUAUUGAUUAACCUCUGUGUUUUGGGUCACUGGCAAAAGUUGAACAUCCUGUUAAGUCAAGGUUAACCAGAAACCUUUUUGUUCACGUCUGAAAUGAAAUAUUUAUAAAAUGUGUUAGUAUGUUUCCUGCCUUGAUAAGUUCACCUAUAUUGAAUGUAAUUUGAUCUUUGAUAAUUUUUUUAAUCUUGAGAAUUCUCUGAUACUGUUUUGAAAACCAGUGUUCACCGUGUUAUAAAGUCAAACAUAAAAAUUGAAAUAAAUUGAACUAAAUAUGCAUGUGUAACAUAUACCUUAGAAGCUGGAUUUCAGAACCAAAUUCAAAUUCAUAAUAGGAGCUUGCUGUCUUAAAGUAGAAAGCAGAAGAGGAAAAUAGCAUUUGUUUGUAUUCUAGCAUAUUGAGGUUUCACUGUUCCUUGCUUAUACUAAUGUUUUUCCUCUCAUUUCUGGGAAUGCCUGUCAUUCUGGGAAUCCCUAUAUAUAGCAUACCAAGAAGAGAGUAUGAUGUUACUUUAAAAUGUGUUUACAGAGGAUAUAUGCAAGUGUGCUGUUAAUAUAAAUUGUUUGGCCUUUUCUGCAUCCACUUUGUUACUGUUUUGCUGCCAAAAUGUGUGAAAUGUGUGUCUUCUCUUCCUCCUACAUAUUGUGCCAAGUGUUUGAAAUUUUGUCUACUCCUAGUAACACAUAAUUAACCACAUCCCUUGUCUACUUUUAUGAAUCAGUAUAAAGAAAAACAAUACAUUAGGAUAAGGUUUGCAUAUAUGUAUAUGUGUUUUUAUUGAAAACUGGGCACUUGUAGCCUUGUGUAGACCUCUACCUGCCUGAUUUACUAAUUAUCUGUAAUGCUGCCAUGGAGAGGAUGCUGUUUACUCUCUCCUGCUUUGUUCUAAGUGGUGUUUGAGAAAUGAGGCCUGUGAAUUUCCCUUUGUGAUAGAACAGUGAACUCAGCAGUAUCUUGGAUAAGUGAGCCGACUACCUUAUUCCCACACUGUUUUUGUCUACAUGGUGAAAUCAGAAGUCAAACAUCCCCUUUAGUGUUUGUUAUUUUACACAUGUAUCUGAGCAUUUUGUUUUCUGUUAGCAAUGCUUCUUGAUGUUGUGCAUGGCCCUUUUUGGUUGAUUCUCUCCAAAUUCGGGUCAGCUGCCGCCACCUGGCAAAUAACAGGGGAUAUGCUGAAUCUCCUGUCCAUCCUUGUAACGAUAUCCUUCUUAAUGAAAUUCUUCAACUGGCUGAGCAAUUACAAAUGUCAUCUGUCCAGACACAUGGGCUUAAGGAUGUCUACAAAAUUUUAGACAUUUUUGCAAAUGGGAAAAAAAAUAGUCUUGUAAAUACUGAAACAGAUUUCCAUGAACUUUAUCCUACUCUUGGAAAGAAAACAAUUCUCCUUGGCUGCAGAAAUCAAAUAAGCUGGGUUUGCAAUGACCAAGGACAUAAAUGAAGAUGGAUUGAAGUGGAAAAAUCCUGUCUCCCAAGUGAUCAGUGGCAUCUGCCAGAGGUCAUUACAGCUACUUUUAACUGUGAACAGUCACCAGCUAAACUACUCACUUGCCACAACAAAAUAACCUCUCUCAAAGUAAAUCCAGUACAUCUGUAUAUAUGUAUAGAUAGCAGCAACAAACAAUCCUGAAACAUUACUUUUGGCUGUUAGGUAAGUGAUGAUAAUUAUAAACAACAUUCAAAUAACCUUGGACCUUGGUGAAAUGACUUGUGGUGGCCAGAAUGGUGCAACAAGAUGUUAUUUACAAGUUUUUUUAAGACACAAAUAUCUCAGAUACUAAUAAUGAGACUAAAGACUGUUGACUAUGAAAUUAAAGCCAAGCAAUAAUGUGCCAAAAAGAGGCAGUUAUACCAGCAAAUGCAUCUAUUAUGGGCACACCAUUAUAUAAUGAUGGUUUGCUUUAUGAAGACUGACUGUAACCCACAGGAUAAAAUAAGCGAAGGCAUAGUUUCUGCUUUCUUCCUGGAAAAUCUUGUUUAGAAGCUUCAUAAAGAGGCACAGCACUAACGAGCGUUAGUAAGGAUACAGUUGGCAUCUAUGUUUUUACGCAAGCCCAGAGGGAAGAGGAGCCACUCAAAGUCUUGCUGGCUUAAAACUCAAAGACAGCUGCAACCAGAAGUUCUGUUGAAAUGGAGACUUUAAACUUAUGGUAAUUACUCUUUCUGGACACUAGCAUGUAGAAAGCAAUUCAGUUAACUCUGCCCAGAGGAUUACCAGCUUUAGCUGUGAAAAAAUGGGCUCCCGGAUGUAAAAUCACUAAAACAUGAGAUCUUAUAUCCAAAGAGGCUUCAAAUGAUGCCUUACAGAAAAUGAUGCUCCAGAUGGGCACUUCUAAAUGCUAACUCUUCAUCAAGUAUCUUUCUGGAUUCAAGCUCAAAAUUAAUUGGCUGCAAAAUAGUAGGAAUAAAAAUCACACAUUUUACACUUUAGAAUAGGAUACUGAUGAUCAACCUGCACAGUGAUAACUAUGAUGAGACACCCCAGUGAUUUAAUGAUGUUAGAAAGAAUUAAAUGGGAGAGAAAUGCUAACAGCUUUCUUGAUCUCUUAACUAUGGAGAUGUCAUUCAUUUAUUUCUGGGGCAAAAAUUAUAGCUUGCUUUUUGACAUUGCUGCUAGUAUUGUUCUUUGUUGCUUUAAAAAUUGUCUUUCUUUAGAAAAACUCUUGAGCAGUUAAACAGUUUUUUUUCUGAUUCAUAUCAUUGCUUUUAAUAACAUGUAAAGGCAGUGUGUAGAGCAAACUAUAUAAAAUGAAUAGAAAGGGCUUACUCAUGUUAAUCGGCAUCCUUAAUGAUUUUAGUUUAGAUUCCUUAACAUUUAUUUUAGAUCACAUCUUUACGUAACUUAUUUUUCCUAAUGUUUUCCAUCGUGUCUUAAAAUGAUGCUGGUAUAUCAGGAGAUUGCAGUAUUAUAGUCAUACCCCCCAAUCCCUAGAGGAGAGGAAAGACUAAUUCUUGUUUUAAGGGCCCCUGGAGAUACCUUUUAUUAAGGUUGAAAAAGGUCAACACAGCCUGAAAAUAAGAAAAAUAUAUGCUAGCAAUUACUAAUUUUCUAAAUGUGUGUAUCUCUGCUGUACUAAUGUGUGAACAAUAUGUCGUGCAUAAUACUGUAGCUGGUCGUGGUAUGUCAAUACAUUCUGUGAGUGUGUACAGUCUGAGUGAUCAGUUUUCUAUUUUUAUGUGUAAAAAAAACUUGUCGUAUCCCAUUUAAAGGCCAAUUUCUGUAUUCAGGCAGGCAUAUGUACAUACAUGAAUAAAGCCAACAAAAGUGUGCACAUGUAUUCAGUAACAGAAUUUGUCCUUUUAUUUUUGAAGGUCAGAAAGGGCUGUUUGAUUUGUUUUUUUUUUUAUCAUCUCCUUGAGUAGGUAACAUAAUUAUCACAAAGGCUGAAUAUAGUAAUCAGUACAUUGGCAUAUUAUUAAAUAUGUCAGGGCUAAUUAACCAUGCCAUUAGUCACAGGUAAGGUCAGUUCUUUGACCACUGGGAUAAUUUACAUUCCUCACACAUCCUUUCUGUGUUAAGUGUGUGACUAGGAUGUACAUACUAUGGGUGUGAUUGUGUACAUACCUUGUAUGAUUAUCUAAAUCCUCAAAGCAGUUGCAGGAAAGAAGGAAGAUGAAACAGUUGUUCAAAAGCCUCAAAAGGGCUAAUCAAUAUGUAUUUUCAUUUUCUACACAUAAAAAUGUAAAUAGCUUAUCCACAUAUAUAUGCACACAUAAUACAUUUUAUUUAUACUAGUAUAUUCAAAUAAAUCACAAAUUAAAACCACUAAUUGAAAGCUGCAUAUUUCCAUGACUGCUCUGUUUUACAAAUAUUAUUAUUGGAUCAGAUGCCCCCUAUUUAAUGGUGUUACUGCCUGGUAGCAGAUUUUGUGCUUAGAAAAGUCCAGCAUCUGAAGCACAGACUGGUAACUGAGUAGCUACAGAGAAUUAAUGCUGUUCUUUAAGCACCUAAUUUUAUAUCUGGCAAUGGCAAACAGUAAUGAAAACCAAUUAUGUUUUGGAGACUCCUUUUGGACAUGUAUCAAUGUGUUGAUUGGCACAAACCAAUAAAAGCCCUACAUUUUUUGGAAAUGGAUCCCUAGAUUUCAAGCAUGUAUAAUCACUCAAAGUGGAUAUGAUCACAGCCAUUCUUCUCUUGAGCUCAGCAAAACUAUGCUUACCAACACUGAAGAGAAGUCAAAGAUUUAAAUGAAAAAAAUCACAGAUGAUAUUGGUGAGAUAAUAGGAUAUGAACUUGGGUGGGGUUCCAGGGCACUUAAAUUGCCUCAUGUCUUGAGUUCCUUAAGAUGGACUCAAAUAAAAAAUUAGUAUUAUCAAUAACAGGUGAUACUGUGUGGACUAGGUAACAACGUUAGAAUCAUUAGCUGGCAAGUGUCAACUCUGGACAAGAUUUGUCAGCUUAUCACAAUUCCAACCAGUUAAUUGAUAUUGUUCGAAUUUAUCUCAUUUCUUCUCAAAGGAAGUGCUCUAUUAGGGAUCAAAAAGUCUGACCUGGUUCUUAAAACCUAACACAAUUUGACCUUGAAUCCUUGACACUAAAAAUUAUGUUGGCUGGGUAUCAGAUUGAAAAUAUGCAUGGAGGCUGAGCGGGGUGGCUCACGCCUGCAAUCCCAGCACUUUGGGAGGCCAAGGCAGGUGGAUCACCUGAGGUCAGGAGUUCAAGACCAGCCUGGCCAACAUGGCAAAACCCAUCUCUACUAAAAAUACAAAAAUUAGCCGGGCGUAGUGGUGUGUGCCUAUAAUCUCAGCUACUCAGGAGGCUGAAGCGGGAGAAUCACUUCAACCUGGGAGGCAGAGAUUGCAGUGAGCCAAGAUCGCACCAUUGCACUCCAGCCUGGGCGACAAGGCAAGACUCCGUCUCAAAAAAAAAGAAAAUAUGAAUGGAAAGAAAAUAUGAAUGGAAAUACCAGAAUCACCCCUUGGUAGAGAAUUCCAUUUGGCAAAGUGCAAACAACCACUUCUCAGUAGAAAGUUAAGAAUAACAUUUAAAAACAUGUUCAUGUUUUAGAGAAUGAAUGUGCCAUUGUUGUAUAUUAAAUAAAAAUCAAAGAUUAACCAGCUGUAAGAACACUACAAUGACAACUAUUGUGGCAGUGUUUUUUAAAUACUAAAAGUAUACAUGUUUAUAAGUGUAGCAUACCUGAAAUCUUGAUGUUUGUCAAUACUUAUGGUUGCUUAAAAGAUAAAUUUAUGUGAUUAUUUUUGAAAGAUGUGUAUUAAUUUAAAUAAUACCCAGAAAAAUUAUAACUUAAAAAUUGCAGUUUUCAAUGUGAGAAUCAUUUAUGUGUGUAAAUACUCAACUAAGAAACAUCAAAAGUGUGGUAUAAUAUUAAAAGAAAAAAUAUUCAAACUGGAACGUCCAUUUAUGAAUGUAUUAAUAUUAAAAUAUAAAGGUUUUUUUAUAAUGUCUAUACACAAAGGUCAUAAAAUCAUUUAAGAAAGUUCUCAUCUCCAGAUAUUGACCAAUAAAACUUCAUUUCCUAGAAAAAAGAAGAAAUGUUAUAAUUUAUACAAAGUUGAAGUAAGAUUUUGGAAUUACAUAUACUUACACCUUCAUUUUGGAUUUGGUUUUUGAAUGGAUGCUUAAAAUUCUGAAAUUCAACUAAUGACUCAAUUUUACCCUCAAAAAAUUAGAAUAUGAUUUUUUUGCAUCUCACUUUUCAUAAUAAAUGUAAUAUAGAUACAAUUUAUUCUGUUUUUUGUUGAUGUUAUUGUUGUUUCCACUGCUAUUGAAAUCGUUCUUUUAACCAUGAAUGCGCAGAAUCAGUUGAUUUUCCAUGUGACAACUUCUGCUAGGAAUCUGCAGUGGAACUGGAAGUAUUUGCAAUGAAAGAACUUUUUUAUUUAAUUAAAAUAGAAUUCCCAUAGAAUCAACAAUGCCUCCUGGUCAUCAAAAGCGAGGUUUUUCCUUUACUUGGCAGAGCAGAGUGUGUGUGUGUUUGUGUGUUGUGUGUGUGUUGUUUGGUGAGAAUGAUGAGAGCUGAGCAUUGUGAAAAUACAGGCGGGGAUGGGGUAACAGGGCUGGGUAGGGGUCCAGGGCACUUAGAUUGCCUUAUUGUUCAAGCUUAGAUGCCUCUUACCCAGAGCCAUCAGGUGUACCCUGUGUAGUUCCAGCCUUUCUGCCUACUCCUGAGAAGAUAAAUUGGGAUCCUGCAGUCUGGAUUCCUAGAAGGAGAUGGAAAGCCCAGCCAUAUCCCCCAGUUUGACUUGACCAGUAGUAAAACUAGCACUACAAUUUGAUCCCUUUUUACCUCCUUGAGUAUCUUCAAUUCAUCAAGGAUCUGUAAAGAAGGAGAGGUACAAGAUAUAUGAAACCCAAAUCUCAAAACAAUGAUUUAGUGAAUUUCCCAUGAACUUUCAACAGUGAUUGCUUCAAAAUUUCCAAGAGCCAUAAUUUCCCUCCAACUGUUGUGUGUGUGUAUAAAUGCACACUAUUUUAACCUAAAAUGGUGCCCUGUGGCUGCCAUUCUCUAACUCUUGCAUACUUAGACAUUUAUUCUUGGCCAAAUUAAAACCUCAUGCAUGUCCAAAGAUAUAAAUGCCUUGCCUGGAGAAGUUAGAUCUUGCAAGUCUCAGAAGGGCUGAGAUAGUUUGUCUUAUGCCUAUAGCUGUUUAUGUACCACCAGUGGGUGUUUGUUUCAUUAGGUGCCAUUUCCAGCCAAAUGUUCUCAUUCUUCACAUCUUCAAUGUUGAGUAGCAAACAGAAGAACAUCCUUCUUAGCAUAAUCUUGCUUCACUGGACUGAUUGUGAGCUCAAAAUACCUCUUGUUUCUUGUGAAGGGUUUGCCUUUUGUAAACAAUAUAAGAUCACUUUUGGUCAACCACCCUGUCUGAGUUUAUCUGGGCUGCUAUAAUAAAGUAUCAUAAACUGGGAGGCUUGUAAAUAAAUUUAUUUCUUACAGUUUUGAAAGCUGGGAACUCCAAAAUCAAGGCCAAUUUGGUGUCUGGUGAGGGCCUACUUGCCGGCUCACCUGCGGUGCCUGUUUGCUGUGUCCUCACACAGUAAAAGGGAUGAAGGGUCCCCUCCCAGGCCACUUUCAAAAGGGCACUAAUCUCACUCAUGAGGGCUCUGUGACCACCAUCUAAUCACCACCCAAAGCCCCCACUUUCUAACACCAUCGCCUUGGGAGUUCAGAUUUCAACAUGAGUUUUGGAGGGAUACAGACAUUUAGACCAUAGCACACACAUUCUUAAUGAACUUCUGAAUGCCAACAUUAUUAAAUUUUCUUCAACACCAUUCUACACAACCACUGAGCUAAUUUACAGAGUUCUAAAAUGUUUAGACCCUUGUAACUACCUUAACAGUGUUCUGAAGCUGGUUUUUCUAAAUAUAUCACAGAGGUCUAACAUAGUUGAAAUUCAAAUUGUCUGGAUGGAAGCUGAAAGUGCUUGCAGAGAUUUCUGGUGGGAGUACUGGCAUCUCAAGAAUGGUAUUUCCCUACACCUUUUUUAGUCCCGCUUGACAUCUCUCAAUCAAACUGCAGAAGAGCCUUGACCUGCCAUUAAAAAUAAUAAUAAGCAGAAUGUCAUUGCCAAAGAUAUUAUAGGUGUUUAAAAGCAAGAUAAGACUUCUUAAAGGGCCUGAAAGCAUUUGCUUGUUAUCUAUAUUUUUUUAGCCCAAAGCCAAAACAAAAAAUAAUGCCUUUGUGCCAAACGUUUUGCUGGGCACUUCCAUCUAUGUCUCAACCUUAGGAGGUAUAAUGUAUACAUGCACAGUUUUACAAUUUUUCAAUGGCACAGAUACUUGAGACAUAUAAAUUGGAUGAUCACAGAGAUAUUGUGGUAAAUAUCUGGGCUUGGAAUCAAAGGACCCUGGGUUCAAAUCUCAGCUUUGAAUCAAACAAGCUAAAUUAUUUGGCUGAGUAAACCAAAGCACCUCUCACCAGACCACACCUCCAAAUUUCAACAUGAAAUUUGGAGAGGAUAAAUAUCCAAAUUACUUCAGUGCAUUCAUCUGGAAACUGAGAAUAACAAUGCUCACUUUGCAAAUUUGUGGGAAUUAAAUGGCAUAGGCAAAAUAUUUUUCUUUUCUUCUCUUACUCCUCUGAGUUUUGCUUUCUUCCACUUGAACUUUACCACUCAAUUGUUAAAAGCCUUAAAUUUUGCCAUUUUAUCCUAUUUAAUAAACUUUUAAUAAAUCUGGAUAAAUACUAA